GAUCUAGCCAGCUGCUAGCAGAGGUUACCCUGAGUGUUUUAACAGGAAAUAUUUACAGCCUAAUAGUUCAGAAGAGAUGAUUGCACUAAUUUUCUUUUCUGCCCUGCUGUGGAACAAGGCUCAAGCAUGGGGAUUCAAGGACGGAGUGCUGCAUAACUCUAUUUGGUUAGAACGAGCUGCUGGAGUGUAUCACAGGGAGUCACGCUCUGGGAAGUACCAGCUUACCUAUGCAGAAGCAAAAGCAGUCUGUGAAUACGAGGGAGGACAUCUAGCCACUUAUCAGCAGCUGGAGGCGGCAAGAAAAAUAGGUUUCCAUGUAUGCGCUGCUGGCUGGAUGGCAAAGGGUAGAGUUGGUUAUCCCAUAGUAAAAGCUGGAGCCAACUGUGGCUUUGGAAAAACUGGUAUUGUUGAUUAUGGGAUUCGUCUCAACAGAAGUGAGAGAUGGGAUGCCUACUGCUACAACCCAAAUGGAAAAGAGUGUGGUGGAGUCUUCACAGAUUCCAAGCAUGUUUUUAAGUCACCAGGCUACCCAAAUGAGUAUGAAAAUGAGCAAAUUUGCUACUGGCAUAUUAGAGUAAAGUAUGGACAACGUAUUCAUCUACAGUUUCUUGAGUUUGAUGUUGAAGACGACACUGCUUGCAUGGCUGAUUUCUUGGAAAUCUAUGAUAGCUAUGAUGAUAUCAAUGGCUUUGUGGGCAGGUUUUGUGGAGAUGAGUUGCCAGAUGAUAUCAUUAGCACAGGCAAUGUGAUGACCUUGAAGUUUUUGACAGAUGCUUCAGUGACUGCUGGUGGUUUUCAAAUUAGAUACAUUACUAUGGACAUGCCUUCAAAGUCAAAUGAUGGAAAAAAUAUGACAUCUCAAGGAAAACCAAACUUCUUAUCUGGGAAAUUUGGUAUUAUGUGAGCAGAGUAAUGAGAUACACUCAUUAAGAAACAUGUUUUAGAACCCAAUUCAGAUAUCUGUUUCUUCAGAUAAGACAUUUUCUCCAUAUCUUUCUGACUUUUUAUUUUCUGCUUUAUGUAAGUUUUGUUAAGUAUACUAGGAAAUAAAUUAUAAAUAUAGUUACAUGAA